CGGUCACGUGCAGCGGCACCCUUUUCCCCGCCUCCCCUCUCCCUCGAGCUUCGUUCCUUUCUUGCCUCUGCGUCGCGCGCGCUCUCGCGUUCUGUUUCCGGCGCGCGCAUGCGGGUGCGUUUAACUUGAGGAGGGCGGUUGAGCGUUUUCCCGCCUUUUUCCUUCCCUGCGUCGACCAGAGGGAAGAAAAGGGAAGCCGCUUUUGAGUCCGUGAGAUGGAGAAAGACACCGCGGCUUUCCCUUCUGGCUUGGCUGACAGCCCUGGCGCUGAAGGCGAGGGCGAUGACGACGGCGACGACAACAACAACAGCGGCAGCAGCCACCACCGCGACAACCCCGACGCCCCGGGCGGGGACGAAGGCGAGCGGAGCGGCGAGGAGCCUGUGGUGUCGCUGGCCGAAGUGCUGGCCGAGAACGAGGAGCUCGAGAAGGAGGCGCGGGCCGUCCUGGGCGGGAGCGACCACGAGCGGUGCAGUUACUCCCAGGGUGCUGUAAAAAGACAAGCCUUAUAUGCCUGCAGUACUUGUACACCACCAGGAGAAGAACCAGCAGGGAUCUGUUUAGCAUGCAGUUAUGAAUGUCAUGGAACCCACAAACUAUUUGAGCUAUAUACAAAAAGAAACUUUCGUUGUGAUUGUGGAAACAGCAAAUUCAAAAAUUUGCGAUGCAAAUUACUUCCAGAGAAGGCACAGGUGAAUCCAACAAAUAAAUAUAAUGACAACUUCUAUGGAUUAUACUGCAUCUGCAAAAGGCCAUAUCCAGAUCCUGAUGAUGAGAUUCCAGAUGAAAUGAUCCAGUGCAUAGUUUGUGAAGACUGGUUCCAUGGAAGGCAUCUUGGUACAGUUCCUCCAGAUAGUGGUGACUUCCAUGAAAUGGUGUGUCAGGCUUGCAUGAAUCGCUGCCCUUUCCUGUGGGCAUAUGCUGCACAGUUGUCAGUUCCUACUGUGACAAAAGUUACUCCUGCAGCUGAAGAUAGAGUUAACAUUAAUGUUGAAGAAACUGAAGAAGUGAAAAAAGAAAAUGGUUCAGAUCCUCAGGUGAAGACUGAAGAGGAGAAAAUAAUACAGAACAGUGAACCAUCUACAAGUUCUAGCUCUGAAUGUUCUAAGAAUGCAUCUACUUGCAAGCUGCAGGAACUUCAAGCCAAGCAGUGCCUAAAGAUGAACACAGCCACAUUCUGGCCACACAACUGGAGGAGCAAAUUGUGCACCUGUAAAGAAUGUUUGAAAAUAUAUUCUGAUCUUGAAGUUUCUUUCUUAACUGAUGAGUGUGAUACAGUCUUGGCUUAUGAGAAUAAAGGGACAAGUGACCAGGAAGCAGACAGAAGAGAUCCUCUAAUGGAUACACUCAGCAGUAUGAAUAGGGUCCAGCAGGUAGAACUGAUUUGUGAAUACAAUGAUCUGAAGACAGAACUGACAGACUACUUGAGAAGAUUUGCAGAUGAAGGAACAGUUGUUAAGAGAGAGGAUAUUCAGCAAUUUUUUGAAGAAUUCCAAUCUCGAAAGAGGAGAAGAACAGAUCGGAUGCAGUACUACUGUAGCUAGAUCACCUUGAAAGUCUUAAGGAGAAGCUUUUUCCUCCUCUGCUAGCUUUUUAUGCAUCUCUUAGUUUAAUCCAAUUUAUUUAUCUUGGCUUCUGUCCUACAAGAAAGUUUUUCUUGCUUAUCCAUCUUAAACAUGUUCUGAUUUCAUGCCUGAAAAGUAACAAGAUCAUGGAUUCUCACAAUGUCACUCGUUUUGUGUUAAAGAAGAGUGGAGUGGUUAGUAUAUAACUAGAAAGUACCCAAAAUCCUCCUAAGCUGCUAUGAUGAAAGAAUUAUUCAUAGGGGAAAGCCUACAUGAAUGUCCUUGAUAGGUCAGUGUUCAGCAUUCACAUAAACAUCUCAGUUUUAAUAUGGCAGUUCAUAAAUGCUCAAUGUAAGUGUAUUUUUAUUCAUUUUUGGUACAAAGCAUGAUGUUCGCUAUUGCUGUUAGAUAAGGCUUGAAGGCUCAAAAUGUGAAUUAUUGAACCUGUUGCAGAAGAACUUUUAGAUAAAAUUAUAAACCAAUGACUGUUCUUUAGACACAGUACAUAUUUCAGACAGUAGUUCUUUGAUGGAAAAUAAUGUACAGAAUAUUUUUUUUAGUGAAAUUACUUACAAUAUAUGUUAAUCUCCUGCCUGCACAGACUGUAAAUAAACUGCUCUCUGUUGGAUGGGUGGUAUUAUUAGAUUAAUACUUUUUUUUAGAAUGCAAAGAAUCUCUGGAAGUUUAUAUAAUUGUUCUAGUUUGUAAAUGUUUAAUUGGGGUUGCUGUUUACCAAACUGUAAAAUAAGAAGCUUUCACCUUUGAUAAUAAACUCAACCCAAUAGUACUGCAGAGGGUUUCUGCACCAGUGAUCAGAUAUUGGUUAACAUGGUCAUCUUCCUAACUACUCAGGCAAAUAAUUCUGUAUGAUUCAUAGCACUCACAUUUUGUGUACUUUCACAUCUUAAUAAAAUGGUUGUCAUUA